AUGGCAGCCAGAUCUUCAAGUAUCGCAGGACCCGGUGCAGGGCGUCAGUCGAUGUAUCCGCAGGCCAAUGCCAACAUGAUGUUCGGAGGCCCCAGCUCAUCGGCCAACCAGGCGAGGCUGGUGUCCAAACAGGCCGAGCUCGAGGGUCUGAGGGCGCUCAAGGACCAGUCGGCCAAGAUGGUCAAGGAACUCGAGAGACUGGCUGAAACGGUCGACCAAAUGGCAGAUGGAGGCGAUUCUAUUGCGUCGGUCAUGGGGUCGUGGCAGGGCGUGUUCCGCGCCAUUCAGAUCGCAAGAGCUUCAACGGUGUUUACCAAUCCGCCGACAGGCGAAACGGAGGGCGCCGAAGACACAUCGACCGAACAGGAAGAGGACGAUCUGUACAACUACGGUCCGGCACCCAACAGCAAGCCUGCGCUCAUCGAUACCAUGGUGCGCAUCCCCAUCGACCUCGAUGGCGCCAUCGCACGCGCUCGCGACGACGCCACGCCCGACACAUCCACCACCGUAUCCGCAUCCAGCUAG